AGGCAAGUAAAGUAAGUUAUCUGCUGAGACAGGAAUAGUUGGUGGACACCACCAACCAAACACCCAGUCAAGCGCCUCCAAGGGCGCAUGACAAAUCUUGGCAAACAAACUGAAGCGUUUCAAUGAAAUUUCGACAAUCCGAUGAAGAUUGAUCUAUUCGCUUUAGUGGGUGAUCGCGAAUUGAAGGUAAAAGUGUUGGGGCAAAGGAAUUUGAUUCCCCAAUCGCAAGUCGCAAGUCGCAAGGGAAGAAGACGGGUAGCUGGUAACUAAAAUAUUCAGAUAGGUGUGACUUUGGCAGGUACCAACGUGGUACCUGCCAAACGCAAAUAUAUUUCUCUGCAAUUCCCUUAUUAUGACAUAAACACACAGAGAGAGGGAAGGAAAGGGAGAGUAAUCAUUUCCAGCUUGUGUUGUGUGUAUGUACAUACAUUCCUUACCUCUUCCACCGCAGGCACGCAUAUUUUGUCUUGCUUUCUCUGUAACUCUCUUUGUGCGUGAUUCACUCGUUUCAUUGAUACCCGUCAGCCAAAUUCAACCCGAUUGUCCAAGCUUGCAGCAAUUGUUCCAGUAUGUCAGAAGCGCAAAGGAGGUCAUUGUCAAUUGGUGUGGGGCGUGGGAAUGGUUUCUUAAAUGGGGUAGUUUCACUAAGAAGUCCUGCUACAAUAUCCGAAGUUGAUGACUUCUGCUAUGGCCUUGGAGGCAAGAAGCCAAUCCAUAGUAUUUUAAUUGCAAACAAUGGAAUGGGAGCUGUCAAAUUUAUACGUAGUAUUAGGAUGUGGGCUUAUGAAACAUUUGGCACAGAGAAGGCAAUUUUGUUGGUUGCCAUGGCGACUCCAGAGGACAUGAGAAUCAAUGCGGAGCAUAUACGAAUUGCUGAUCAGUUUGUGGAAGUUCCUGGUGGGACAAACAAUAAUAACUAUGCCAAUGUGCAGCUAAUUGUAGAGAUGGCAGAGAUUACACAUGUAGAUGCUGUUUGGCCUGGUUGGGGCCAUGCAUCUGAGAACCCUGAGCUGCCGGAUGCACUGGAUGCAAAGGGAAUUGUAUUUCUUGGGCCUCCGGCUACGUCGAUGGCAGCAUUGGGAGAUAAGAUUGGUUCGUCUUUGAUUGCUCAGGCUGCAGAUGUCCCCACCCUUCCAUGGAGUGGGUCUCAUGUGAAAAUUUCUCAAGAAAGUUGUUUAGUCUCGAUCCCUGAGGAAAUUUACAGACAAGCUUGUGUAUAUACAACAGAGGAAGCAAUUGCAAGUUGUCAAGUUGUUGGUUACCCUGCAAUGAUCAAGGCAUCUUGGGGUGGAGGGGGUAAAGGCAUAAGGAAGGUUCACAAUGAUGAUGAAGUUAGAGCAUUGUUCAAACAAGUGCAGGGGGAAGUUCCAGGCUCGCCCAUAUUCAUAAUGAAGGUUGCUUCUCAGAGCCGACAUUUAGAAGUCCAGCUGCUGUGUGAUCAGUAUGGAAAUGUUGCAGCCUUACACAGUCGUGAUUGCAGUGUACAGAGGCGGCACCAGAAGAUUAUUGAGGAGGGUCCAAUUACUGUGGCCCCACUGGAGACAGUCAAAAAGCUGGAGCAGGCAGCUCGAAGGUUAGCAAAAUGUGUGAAUUAUGUAGGAGCUGCCACUGUUGAGUAUCUGUACAGUAUGGACACUGGCGAGUACUACUUUUUAGAGCUCAACCCUCGGUUACAGGUAGAGCACCCUGUAACUGAGUGGAUUGCUGAAAUAAAUCUACCAGCAGCCCAAGUUGCUGUAGGGAUGGGUAUUCCUCUUUGGAAAAUUCCUGAAAUGAGACGAUUUUAUGGAAUGGAACAUGGUGGAGGGUACGAUGCUUGGAGGAAAACUUCGGUGCUUUCAACCCCUUUUGAUUUUGACAGGGCUGAGUCUACAAGGCCGAAAGGUCAUUGUGUAGCUGUUCGCGUUACGAGUGAGGACCCAGAUGAUGGAUUUAAGCCAACUAGUGGAAAAGUCCAGGAGUUGAGUUUUAAAAGCAAGCCAAAUGUGUGGGCUUACUUCUCUGUAAAGUCUGGUGGAGGGAUUCAUGAGUUCUCAGAUUCUCAAUGUGGUCACGUUUUCGCAUUUGGAGAGUCCAGGGCACUAGCUAUAGCCAACAUGGUCCUUGGGCUGAAAGAAAUCCAGAUUCGGGGAGAAAUUCGUACCAAUGUUGAUUAUACAGUUGACCUUUUACAUGCAUCGGAUUACCAGGAAAAUAGGAUCCACACAGGAUGGUUAGAUAGUAGAAUUGCUAUGCGAGUUAGAGCAGAAAGGCCACCUUGGUAUCUAUCUGUUGUUGGAGGGGCUCUCUAUAAAGCAUCUGCCAGCAGUGCAGCUGUGGUUUCGGAUUAUAUUGGUUAUCUUGAAAAGGGGCAAAUCCCUCCAAAGCACAUAUCACUUGUGAACUCUAAAGUUUCUUUAAAUAUAGAAGGAAGCAAAUAUACGAUUGACAUGGUUAGAGGGGGACCAGGGAGCUAUCGACUGAAGAUGAACGAGUCAGACAUUGAAGCUGAAAUACAUACUUUACGUGAUGGGGGUUUAUUAAUGCAGCUGGAUGGAAACAGCCAUGUUAUAUAUGCAGAGGAGGAAGCAGCUGGAACUCGCCUUCUGAUUGAUGGAAGGACAUGCUUGCUACAGAAUGACCAUGAUCCGUCAAAGUUGAUGGCAGAGACACCAUGCAAGUUGCUGAGGUAUUUAGUUUCAGACGGUAGCCAUAUUGAUGCUGAUACUCCGUAUGCAGAAGUUGAGGUUAUGAAGAUGUGUAUGCCUCUUCUUUCGCCUUCUUUUGGGGUUAUUCAGUUUAAAAUGUCCGAAGGUCAGGCGAUGCAGGCCGGUGAACUCAUAGCAAGGCUUGAACUGGAUGAUCCUUCGGCAGUGAGAAAAGCUGAACCUUUCCGUGGAAGCUUCCCAGUAUUGGGUCCUCCAACUGCAAUUUCUGGUAAAGUUCAUCAGAAAUGUGCUGCAAGUUUAAAUGCGACCCGCAUGAUCCUUGCUGGUUAUGAGCAUAAUAUUGACGAGGUAGUGCAAAACUUACUUAAUUGUCUUGAUAGUCCUGAACUUCCUUUUCUUCAAUGGCAAGAGUGCUUGUCUGUCCUAGCAACCCGCCUUCCAAAAGAUCUGAGAAAUGAGCUAGAAUCAAAAUUUAAGGGCUUUGAGGGGAUAUCAAGCUCACUGAAUAUUGAUUUCCCUGCCAAAUCAUUGAGGGCUGUUAUUGAAGCCCAUUUGUCCUCCUGUCCUGAGAAAGAGAAAGGAGCUCAGGAAAGACUUGUUGAACCUUUGCUGUCUCUUGUGAAGUCCUAUGAAGGUGGAAGAGAGAGUCAUGCCCGCGUCAUUGUUCAGUCCCUUUUUGAAGAGUAUUUAUCGGUUGAAGAAUUGUUUAGUGACAACAUACAGGCUGAUGUGAUUGAACAUCUUCGACUUCAAUACAAGAAAGAUCUAUUGAAGGUUGUGGACAUUGCGCUAUCUCAUCAGGGGGUCAAGAGUAAAAAUAAGCUGAUACUACAGCUCAUGGAACAACUUGUUUACCCUAACCCUGCAGCAUACAGAGAUAGACUAAUUCGCUUCUCUGCACUUAACCAUACAAAUUAUUCCAAGUUGGCACUUAAGGCUAGUCAAUUACUGGAACAAACAAAACUGAGUGAACUUCGUUCCUCCAUUGCCAGAAGCCUUUCUGAGUUGGAGAUGUUUACUGAGGAUGGGGAAAAUAUGGAUACUCCUAAAAGGAAAAGUGCCAUUAAUGAACGAAUGGAGGCUGUUGUUCGUGCUCCAUUAGCCAUUGAAGAUGCCCUUAUAGGUCUUUUUGAUCACAGUGAUCACACCCUCCAAAGGAGGGUUGUGGAGACUUAUGUUCGUAGGUUAUACCAGCCAUAUCUAGCGAAGGGGAGUGUUAGGAUGCAGUGGCACAGAUCUGGUCUUAUUGCAUCCUGGGAGUUUGUGGAAGAGCAUAUAGAUAGAAAGAAUGGGUCUGAAGAUCAUGUGCUAGAUGAGCCCUUGGCUGAAGAACAAAGUGAGAGGAAAUGGGGGGCCAUGGUUAUCAUAAAGUCUCUUCAAUUUUUGCCAGCAAUUAUCAGUGCCGCACUGAGGGAAACAACUCAUAACACUCAUCAAGCAGCAGCUAAUGGAUCCAUGGAACCAAAUACCUACGGAAAUAUGAUGCAUAUAGCAUUGGUGGGCAUCAACAAUCCAAUGAGUUUACUUCAGGACAGUGGUGAUGAGGAUCAGGCUCAAGAGAGAAUUAACAAGUUGGCCAAAAUACUGAAAGAACAAGAAGUAGGCUCAUCCCUACGUGCUGCUGGUAUUGGGGUUAUUAGCUGUAUUAUACAGAGGGAUGAAGGGCGAACCCCUAUGAGACACUCCUUUCACUGGUCAUCAGAACAGCUCUAUUAUGAGGAAGAGCCUCUACUGCGUCAUCUGGAACCUCCUCUCUCCAUAUUCCUCGAAUUGGAAAAACUAAAAGGCUAUGAGAGUAUAUGCUAUAUACCAUCUCGUGACCAUCAAUGGCACCUGUAUACUGUCUUAGACAAGACAUUACCAUUCCAGAGGAUGUUUCUCAGAACUCUUGUGAGGCAGCCCAUUACAAAUGAAAGGCUAAUUGCAAGUCAAGGGCUGGACAUGGAAACCAUGUACAACCAGUGGGCUACUUCUUUUACUUCUAGGAGCAUUUUGAGGUCUUUGAUGACUGCAAUGGAGGAGCUCGAACUUAAUGUUCACAAUGCUGCUGUCAAAUCUGAUCACGCUCAUAUGUACCUUUGCAUCCUAUGUGAGCAACAAAUAGAUGAUCUUUUGCCUUACUCUAGGAGAGUUGACGUAGAUGAUGGUCAAGAAGAAGCUGCAGUUAUGGAGAUCUUGGAGGAACAGGCAAGGGAGAUCUUUAAGUGUGUUGGUGUGAGAAUGCAUAAAUUAGGUGUCUGUGAGUGGGAAGUGAAACUUCGGAUGACAUGUUCUGGACGGGCAAAUGGUGCUUGGAGGAUUGUGGUAACAAAUGUGACCGGUCACACCUGCACUAUACAUGUAUAUCGUGAACUUGAAGAUACGAGCAAAAACAAAGUGGUGUACCAUUCAGUAUCUGUGCAGGGUCCUUUGCAUGGUGUAGCUGUGAAUGCACAGUAUCAGCCAUUGGGAGUUCUUGAUAGGAAACGCCUAUUGGCAAGGAAAAGUAACACUACAUACUGCUAUGAUUUUCCCCUGGCAUUUGAGACGGCCUUGGAGCAAAUAUGGGCAUCCCAACUUCCUGGUAGCGAGAAACCAAAGGAUAAGAUUAUUAAGGUUGCAGAGCUCAUAUUUGGUGACAAAAAGGGUACUUGGGGUACCCCUCUUGCUUCAGUGGAGCGUGCGCCUGGGCUCAAUGAUGUUGCCAUGGUAGCUUUCUGUGUGGAAAUAUCUACUCCUGAAUUUCCUUCUGGAAGGACAAUUUUGAUAGUUGCAAAUGAUGUUACAUUCAAAGCUGGGUCUUUUGGCCCCAGAGAGGAUGCAUUUUUUCUUGAAGUAACUAAUCUUGCUUGCUCAAAGAAACUGCCUCUUAUUUAUUUGGCAGCAAAUUCUGGUGCACGUAUAGGGGUUGCAGAUGAAGUCAAAGUCUGCUUUAAAGUUGGUUGGUCAGAUGAAUCACAUCCCGAGCGUGGUUUUCAGUAUGUAUACUUGAGUCCUGAGGAUUAUAAUCGGGUUGGAUCAUCUGUGAUAGCACAUGAGAUGAAGAUGGAAAAUGGAGAAGCCAGAUGGGUGAUAGAUACCAUUGUUGGGAAAGAGGACGGCCUGGGAGUUGAGAAUCUAACUGGAAGUGGGGCCAUUGCUGGUGCAUAUUCUAGGGCAUACAAGGAAACCUUCACCUUAACAUAUGUGACUGGUAGAACUGUGGGGAUUGGUGCUUAUCUUGCUCGGCUAGGCAUGCGGUGCAUACAGAGGCUUGAUCAGCCCAUCAUAUUGACUGGAUUCUCUGCAUUGAACAAGCUUCUUGGGCGGGAGGUCUACAGCUCCCACAUGCAACUUGGAGGUCCUAAAAUUAUGGCAACUAAUGGUGUUGUUCACCUAACUGUUUCUGAUGAUCUUGAAGGGGUAUCAGCUAUUUUGAAUUGGUUAAGCUGUUUUCCUCCACAUGUAGGUGGUGCACUGCCCAUUUUUAGCUCUAUGGAUCCUCCAGAAAGGCCUGUGGAGUACUUCCCUGAAAACUCAUGUGAUCCCCGUGCUGCUAUUUCCGGUGCUCUAAAUGAUAGUGGGAAAUGGUUGGGGGGUAUUUUUGACAAGGAUAGCUUUGUUGAGACUUUAGAGGGCUGGGCGAGGACGGUUGUGACAGGAAGGGCAAAGCUUGGAGGAAUUCCUGUAGGAGUCAUUGCUGUUGAGACACAAACUGUGAUGCAAGUUAUCCCUGCUGACCCAGGACAACUUGAUUCUCACGAGAGGGUUGUCCCUCAAGCUGGGCAAGUAUGGUUUCCAGAUUCUGCUACCAAGACUGCCCAAGCAAUAUUAGAUUUCAACAGAGAAGAGCUUCCACUUUUCAUUCUUGCCAAUUGGAGAGGCUUUUCUGGUGGCCAAAGAGACCUUUUUGAAGGUAUUCUUCAGGCUGGUUCAACCAUUGUUGAGAACCUUAGAACAUACCGACGGCCCGUUUUUGUGUACAUCCCAAUGAGGGGAGAACUCCGUGGUGGGGCGUGGGUUGUCGUGGACAGUCGGAUCAAUUCAGAUCAUAUUGAAAUGUAUGCUGACCGAACAGCAAAAGGUAACGUCCUUGAGCCUGAAGGAAUGAUCGAGAUUAAGUUUCGGACAAAAGAACUCUUGGAGUGCAUGGGUAGGCUUGAUCAUCAGUUGAUCAAACUGAAGAUAGAGCUUCAGGAUGCUGAGAGAUGUGGGCCUCAUGGAUUGGUUGAAUCCUUGCAACAGCAGAUAAAGACGCGUGAAAAGCAGCUUUUGCCAUUGUACACUCAGAUAGCCACUAGAUUCGCAGAGCUUCAUGAUACUUCCCUGAGGAUGCACGCAAAAGGGGUAAUUAGAGAUGUCGUGGACUGGGAAAAAUCUCGAUUUUAUUUCUACAGAAGAUUACGACGGAGACUUGCUGAAGGCUCCCUUAUCAAGAUUGUGAGAGAUGCAGCUGGUGAACAGCUGUCGCAUAGCUCUGCGAUGGACUUGAUCAAGAAAUGGUUCCUGGAUUCUAACAUUGCCGGAGGCAGAGAAGAUACCUGGGUGGAGGAUGAAACUUUUUUCACAUGGAAGGAUGACCCUAAAAAUUACGAAGAGAAAUUAAAGGAGUUGCGGGUUCAGAAGAUACUGCUUAAAUUAACAAACAUUGGCCAAUCUAUGUCAGAUUUGAAAGCUCUGCCUCAAGGCCUUGCCGCCCUUCUAAGCCAGGUGAACCCAUCAAUCCGCGGGGAAUUGAUCGAUGAACUACAGAAGGUGCUGAGCUAAUUAGCGAUUAUGCUUCACGGGUAACUAAGGUCCCAUUUCUCGCCCCCAUAAGCAGUUUCAUUUUGAUAGCUAAAUCUAUGUUGUAAACCAGCCUUCUUCUCUGUGAAUUUAAGGUGGUGCAGAAGGCUCCUGGGACAUGUUUUUUAUUGCCUGAGUGUAAAUUUUGUGAUAUCUGGUUUAGGAAAUAGUAUUAUCUUGCAGGCUCCACUGCAUAAGCUACCGGCAGUGCUGAUUCAUUUGUUGGCUGUAUUAAUCAUUUUUGUACUGUAAUAAUCUGUAAGAUGUAAUAAU